AUGGACCGUUGGGCACGCUACGAGGUGGAGCGCCGAUUCCCCGUGCCCAUUGCUCUGGCUGCUUGGAUGGGCGAUCUUGCUCUGGUCCUGACUCUUCGUUCUGCUCAAAGGGCUUUCCCGUUGUAUUGCUCGAAGGAAUGUCAGGUCACAGAUUGGAAGAGACACAAGGCCGACUGCAACAGCCCAUAUCUCAAAUCUACAUGGAAACCAGCGUGGCUCGUCGAAUCUCGGCCACCGUCGUUCGUAGGGAAUGAAGUCCAGGUCCAGUCACUUUUUGGUCUUCAGGGUGUUUAUCUGUGGGGCAAUGUUCCAACGAUCGACUGCUUGAACAUUGCCCGAAACGAACAAGGGGCGGCGAAGACGAUGGGCUUUGAUCUAUCCUUUGCUGCUUCCGGGGACAUCAGAAACAUGGUCCAAACCGUCAACGGGCUCCCCGUAGACUACGCUGGCAAAUGCAGCAUCACACUCCUAGCCGACGAUACAAACCCCCAAGAGGCCGCAGAGGCCGCGAUCCACCUUGUGUAUUCCUCACUCCUCACCCGCGAGAUUGCCGAUCACCUUCAACAUUCCCUUGUGAAUAUCCUCAACGACGAUAAUGCCUUCGGCGAAUCUACGUUCGAUUUGGGCAUACAGGGCAACGUCGUUCUGCGGCUACCCAAUAGAGACGGAGUCAUGAUGGCUCCUUCUCGUAUCGACCAUUUGCACCGGCAUUUAUUUCCCUUACGGCCAACACAUCGGCUGUCGUUCCUGCGUAAUCGCAAGACCGGCAUCCUUGCACCCUUCGGCGCUGAUGUGACCCAUUUCACCGAGCCAAAUAAGCUUAUGUUCAGUCCCGCCGGUGUUUGGCUUGCUGCCGAUAGCGCCGACCCUCUCUCUGGUUGGGAUGCGGCCUCUGUGUCUUCCGCGGGGAAGGAACACGGCCUUGAUCCCGGUGACAUCUAUGGGUCACUCUAUUCUUCCACAUCAACAAAGAAUUCAUGA